UUUCCUCAAAAGAAUUAUUGAAUCCAUAAUAUAAAUGUCAAGUUUCGGGAAGAUUUUCAAAGGUAGUUCUAGCCUGACUCUCUAGUAACCACGUUCGGUGAAUCUCAUGGCAAAUCAGUAGGCUGCAUCAUUGAAGGGGUCCCUUCACUGAUGCCUCUUACAGAGUCUGACCUGCAGCCGCAUCUGGACAGGCGGAAGCCUGGGCAGAACAGCCUGACCACGCCGAGAUGUGAGAAGGAUCAAGUGGUGAUUCAGAGUGGGAUAGAGGGAGGCAAGACUUUGGGUACGCCUAUUUGUUGAGUUGUGGAGAAUGAGAACGUGUACAAAUAAAGAUUAUUCCAAAUUCAAUCAAAUACCUCGCCCAGGCCAUGCCGACUACACUUACAUGCUUAAAUAUGGUACGAAGGCCUCUAGUGGUGGAGGAAGGUCUUCUGCAAGAGAGACCAUUGGUAGAGUCUGAGCUGGAGCUGUUGCUGAAAAAUACCUUUCAGAAAACUUCGGCACAAAAUUUAUGUCAUGGGUAGACUCUGUCUCUGAUAUUGCCAUACCUCCUGAAGACAAACCUGGACUACUCAACGAGCUAUCAGAACAUGAUAGACAAGAAAUUGACAGAAGGGGUACUUUCAUUGUACUACAAAACGAAGAAAAAAGAGCCUACAUCGAUUACCAAUCUGUGCUAAGAGACCAGCAAGGCAAAGAGAUCAAGCAGCUCGAUCAAACUGUCAAUGAGAUUUAUCAACAAAUUGAGGAAGAGAAAUUUUUAUGUGAGAACCAAGAUGAAAUUUAUAAAUUCGAGGAGAUAAUUAAUAUCAGAUGUCCCCAUCCAGCAACUGCUGUCAAAAUGAUUGAGAAGAUUAAGGAAGCUAAAGGGAAAAAUGAUUCUGUAGGUGGCAUUGCCACUGGAAUGAUCGUAAACUGUCCCAAAGGUCUUGGUGAACCUUGAUUUGAAAAAUUUGAAGCGCUCUUGGGAAUGGCGAUGCUAUCCUUGCCAGCGACCAAAGGGUUUGAAUUUGGCUCUGGAUUUGAAGGUACUAAACUUUUCGGAUCUGCUCAUAAUGAUUUAUUCUCAAGUUGAUCAGAGGAGGAGAUUAAACAUGAGAAAAUUUCAACAGAGAUAAAAUCCAAAAAUCCUCAUUUAGAAACAAAGACUAACAACGCAGGAGGAACUCUUGGUGGAAUUACUAAUGGAAACAUUAUCUACUUCAGAGUAGCAGUCAAACCAGUAUCUUCAAUAUCUGUUGAACAACAAACAUGCAAUUUUAAGGGAGAAUCUAAAAUUCUCGAAGCUAAAGGAAGGCAUGACCCAUGAGUCCUUGCAAGGAUAGUUCCAAUCAUAGAAGCAAUGAGUUCAUUAGUCACAAUGGACUGUACCUUGCAACAACUAGCGAGAAAAGCAAGUUCUGAAGUAUAUCUAGAAGACUGGUUCUAAAAAGAUUUGGAGCAUCUUU